GCUAUCAAUCUUACAGGUUACAGCGAUCCACUACAAUGGAUAUGUCACUUACUCCGCCGCUUUGGUGCAUAGAUCCUUCACAUUCCAGUACUUAACCUUUGACUGCUCGCCGCUUGCCCCGGUCCGUUUGACCCCCUCUUAUCGAUCCUGCACUAUGAGUGAUAAUCAGCCUACCGCCGUCACGGUCGCAAUCGACACAGACCUAGAUUCGACUUAUGACGAAACAGACGCACAGAGCUAUGCGACAUCUUUGUCGUCCAGCGUCGAAAAGUACAAGUGGGAGAAUGGCCGGCGUUACCACAGCUAUCGUGAAGGAGCGUACAACUUCCCCAACGAUGAGAAAGAGCAGGAUAGACUGGACAUGAACCAUCACAUGUGUUUGCUGCUGCUGGACGACAAGCUGCAUUUUGCCCCACUCCCCGAAGACAAAGCAAUCCGCGUCCUUGACAUAGGAACCGGGACCGGCAUCUGGGCGAUGGAUAUGGGGGACAAAUAUCCAAACGCGGCAGUCAUCGGGAAUGAGCUGAGUCCCAUACAGCCAAGAUGGGUGCCACCGAACGUGUCGUUCGAGAUCGACGAUGCCGAGAGCCCAUGGCCACCCCGAGAACCGUUUGAUUUUGUUCACAUCCGCUAUAUGAUGGGGAGUAUACAAGACUGGCCAAAACUGCUGCGCCAAUCCUACGACAACUUGGCCCCCGGUGGUUGGAUCGAAUUGCAGGAUUUCCACAUUCUGCCCUACAGUGAAGAUGGCAGCGCAACAGAGGACAACAAACUCAUCGAGUUCAGCACCGUUUUCAUAAGAGCCUGCGACAAGAUGGGGCGAAAUGGGUCUCCGGGACGCCUUCUCAAAGGCUGGGCAGAAGAUGCUGGGUUCACCAACGUGCAGCACGACGUGCGCAAAGUGCCAGUCGGCCCAUGGGCAAGAGACAAGAAGCUGAAACAAAUCGGCGGUAUAUUCCGGGUGAACUUGGAGGAGCUUCUGGAGGCCGCGCUCCUGGGUCUGCUCGUUCGUGUCGAGGGCUGGAAGCCAGAAGAGGUCCAGAUUUUUAUUGCGCAGAUCAAAGCGGGACUCAAGGACCGAUCAGUACAUCUGAUGGAAGAGUUUCACGUUGUAUGGGCCCAAAAGCCAUUGAACUAACAGGUUGUGCAAAGGUUUCGUCAAGAAGCAAACCCGGAUUGUUUGGAGGCUGCUUAUUUCUGUCCGUCCUUAGACAUAGCGACCUGAAAGGCAACAUGAU